CGGCUAUGCUAACUAGUGGCUAGCAGUUAUUAGCUACCUUCUACUGUCUACUACAGAGGGGCUAAAUAAAGAGAACAGCAAAGUUUGUCAACGACCAAGCAAAGUUGGAGAAUAUGGUUGUGAAUCUCUGUCUGCCACACUUUUAUACAACAGUUCGUUGCAACAAGCUGUGUGCAGAUGGCUAUGAUGUCACGAACCUUGUGUCAGCUGAUCCCGCUCUCAGGAGGCGGGGCUUCAAGCUGGAGUACUUUCUUCGUCCACCUGUACAGGUGACAUUGAAGUUUGGCUUCCAGGUGGAGCUGUGCAGGGUGGAUGUGGAGCUGUGGCCCUGGGGUAUGGACCGAGGACAUGCCAGCAAGAGACUGGAGAUCAGCACCAGCUCUGAUGUGCUGCCUUCCCAGAAUUUUGGUCAAGGCCAUAAACAGGUUCAGCAAAAGGAACUAAUGCAGGUAAAGGACCAAAAUGAACACAACAGAAAGCAUGACAGGAAAUCUUGCCAAAGUAAUGGCCACCAGUGGAGUCUUCAGGCCCAACAGUGGGGUGAGGAGACUACAGAUGGACGUCAAAAUAUAGGCCAGGUGUACAGGAGGCCGAUGGCCAAAGAGCACACUCAAACAAAUGCUGACUCCAGCCAAAAUGAGCCAGAGUUCAGACUGGUAGGUCGCUGUGAACUUAGAGAGGAAACCCAAGUCUGUUUUUCGCGUUCAAAUUUUAGUCCCCGGCCCCCGUUCCUUUCCCCGCCUCCUCCGCAACCCGCAAACUGUCGGAAAGAGGAGCUGUGGAGCCGGGGUCUGCUCUCGUUGGGUGCUGUCACUCAACUUCGUGUGACUGUGCCGUUUGGCGGUGCAGCAUCUGCUCAGGGGCUCAAGGCUUUGUCCGUGUGGGGACAGCCUGCUCGGUGCUGCCCUGCAGAAGAAGUUGAGAGGAUUAAAAGAGUCCACGAGGCCAGUGAAAGACAGCUGCCGCGACCUGUGUUUUUUGCCCCCUCCAUCAGACAAACCAAACAACCAGUGCAAGCAGCCACACCUCCAAGUGAUCUUUCCAUCCCAGAAGAAUUCCUUGACCCGAUAACUCAGGAGGUAAUGACGCUGCCUAUGCUACUGCCCAGCGGUGUGUCAGUGGACAGCACCACACUGGAGGAGUACCAGAAGAGGGAAGCCACCUGGGGUCGACCCCCCAGCGACCCCUUCACUGGGGUCCCGUUCACUUCAACCUCCCAACCCCUCCCUAACCCCCAACUGAAAACCCGCAUUGACCACUUCCUCUUGCAGAAGGGGGAGGUGAGGAGGGACGGGAUGUUGGGGAGACAAGGAGAGGGGGAGAACCCACAAGCCUCGAGACUUAUAUCCUCUAAGGCAGAAGGACAGUCCCAGAACUCUUCAUGUCCCAGUAAAAGCUCAAUAAACAGUACUGCUGUUCAAUAUAAUGCUGGCAGUAGAACCUUAAAGAGGACUACACAGAUAGACACUGGAUUAGAGCAUUCAUCAGAUAAGGGGAGUCACACAUUUAACUCCCAGUCUCUUACUACAGAUAGUAAAUCAGAGUUAGAUAGAAGGAAGAAACGAGAUCUAAGUGGAAAUUCAAAAGACUCAACAGAAGAGUUAACAACUGAGAAGCUCCUACUACCUCAAACAAAAAGACCAAGAAAUUCAGUCCCAAGCUGCAGCUCCCAUGAGCAGCGUCUGUCAGCCAGUCUCGACGAGGCCCUCUUUUCUGCCCUGCAGGGCCGACCAUCCUUCACCUCAAACUUGUCCCAGCAGAGAGGGGUUGAUCCUGACUCUGAGCCACUUAACACCACACAGCACUGCCAGAGUUCAGGCAGUUCAGGCAUGUCUACAGGAGAAAAGAGGUGCUCCUCGUGUUCCCGUUCGGUUUCUGCUUACUCCACAUCUGCAUCAUCUAUCUACCGUCUAACAUGCGGUCACUUGCUCUGCCGUGCAUGCCUGCGCAGGGAAUCACAUCCACCAGAUUCUUUCACUACAGCAACAUCCAAUCACUUCUCGUGUCCCACCUGCCAAAGCCCCACCCCACGCGUUGACAUCGUACGUGUGCAUCACUGACACAUGGCGUAAGAAGCCAAAGCUACGCCUUCGAAGCCUACGAAGAAACAAGGAGGAAUGUUCUCAAGGUGAAGAUGGGAUUGUACUUCAGAUGUGGCAUUUUAGUGGUGUGACCUUGUUGGACUCAAAGUGAAGAAAAAAACACUUAAAGCUGUAAAUUCAAACCCCACACUUACAAAUUGUUUACUGGGUUUGAUGCUACCUUCUGACCCCUUCAUACUGUAUGUUGAAUAAUAUAAUAACUGAUGAGGAGGUUAUUUCUUUCUCUCUGUUUUUUGUAUUAUUUUUUAUAUCCUUAUCCAUGUAUAAGUACUUCUCAUGAGAAGCACUGAAUUAUAUUUUUUAGACAUUCCUUGGACCUGUCCUCACCAAAUCAGAUUACACAGGCCAAACGGGUUUAAGAAAGAACAUCACUGAAUGCAAAGACCUUUACAAAAAGUGUAAAAGAAUGUAAAAAAAUAAUAAUAAUAAUAAUAAUAAAUA